AUGAGAGUUUUCAUUCUCCGACCUCAGGAACAAUCAAUGGGAACGCCAUGCCAUCGAGGGGCUAGUGUGACCAUCCAUAGCAUACGACGGGCGAGAGGGGUACAUGGUGGCUCAGUGUGUCUACCAAUUUCAGGUGAGGCUAUUCGGAGAUCCAGGGUGAGUCCUGAUUCCAUAUAUACGGUUAAGAAAGCUCUGCCACCAGCUUCCACCCAGACGACAACUGCCCCUAUCCUAGAUAUAGAUGUCUCAACUGUCGAAUCCUUAUCCUGCAAACAACUUGAUUCUGUUGAUUCACUGUCCAUUUGUCCUUCAACUGGAUUAAUGGUCAACGACUUUGACAGUCUUUCCUUCGGGUACCAAAGUUGGGAGAUAGAGAGGGCGGCAGGUGGAGGGAGCUUCACUUACCGAGAGGGAUGA